AGUUCCAGACAGAAUGCGUAAGAUAGACGAAACAACUGGUAUGGCGUAUAUCCUGUUGGCGACGUUUGCCUUAGGGCCUUUGAUCGUAUGCUGGAUCUCUCCCUUUGCUCAAGAUGAUACCGUUCAUGGGUAUUUUGAACCUGGCUACGAGCAGAUCUACGAACAAUUUAGGCAAAAUUUUGCUGAUGGAUUGGAAAGGGAGGGAGCUGCUGUGGUUGUAUACCUUCGAGGGAGACCUGUCGUUGAUUUGUGGGGUGGAUUCGCAGACAAAGAAGCGAAUAUACCAUGGAAGCGCGACACAAGAACUGUACUCUUUUCAUCUACAAAGGCUGUAUCCUCGCUUUGCAUAGCCAUGCUUGUCGACCGAGGGCUACUCCGAUACGAAGAUCGACUUACGGACUUCUGGCCUGAAUACGGAUUGUUCGGAAAGGAGAAUACAACUGUGGGAGAUGUGAUGACACAUAAGGCUGGGCUGCCCUAUCUUGAAGAAGACAUCGAUAUCAGCGAUUUUGAAGACUUUACCAAAAUUGAAAAGAAAGUUGAGAGAUCGAAACCGCUCUGGAAACCUGGUACUGCCACCGGCUAUCAUCCAGUAACUUUUGGUUUUAUUUUGGAUGGAAUUGUGCGUCGGGUUGAUAAAAAAGGAAGAGACGUAAGGACAUUCUUGAAAGAAGAAGUAAGCGAUGCUCACGGUUUAUCGGUGGAGAUUGGCGUGGACCGCAGAGAGGCUCAUCGACUAGCUCGAAUUACCACUCCCACUUUCUGGGAGUUUGUGCGAGACUGCAUACGGAACCCUAAGAUGAUCGGAAUGCUUACAAUCAUGUACGUCCGAUUCGACAACAUGCUGCAGAAAGUUCGAGAAAACACGAAGUUUCUCCAACUCAAUUAUGACACCAUGUCUGUCAACGAUCCUGACAUCAUAUCUCUGCCUAUCUCAGCCCUCACAGGCGUGUCGAGUGCAGCAGAUUUGGCACGACUGUUUUCGUUAGCUAUCGAUGGGACCUUGUUCAGCAAUUCAACAUUAGAAAAGAUCAGUACACCCACGGUGAACAACUGGCACUUGGAAAGGGUAGCAAUCUGGCCAAUCAGAAAAGGAUAUGGCUUCCUUUAUGAUCCAAAUCCGCUAAUCCCGGGCAAAUUCGUCUUUGGCCACCCUGGCUAUGGUUGCCAGCUUGUGUUUGCUGACCCAUCGAACCAACUCGCAAUGGCUUACCUCUCCAAUGGGUUGAAGACAGGCACAGGAGAAGUAUGCACGACGUAUUUACGCUUGUACGGUGCCACCUACGAUGCCCUGCGGGCUUUGUAGCCAACAUUCCGCGACGAUCGUUUUAUGUUUACUACGGGUAUAAAGGCUUUAGAGCCAUAAUUUGCGUUGUUGCUCAAUCACUUGUAAAUUGCACUCCUGCUUCUAACCUCAAUUUCAUAUCACGA